AUGGCCCCUAAAACAGUCUUGAUUACCGGAUGUAGCGACGAUGGAAUUGGUUAUGGUCUAGCAUUGACAUUCCAAAAACAGGGGUUUCAUGUCUUUGCUACGGCCCGAAACCUCAACAAGAUAACCAAGCUGAAUGGGCUGCCUAAUGUCACCCUUCUGACCCUGGAUGUGACAGAGCCAAUCCAAAUUCAGGCAGCUGUGGCUGCAGUAGAUGCGCAGACUGGCGGAUCUCUCGACGUGCUAGUCAAUAAUGCCGGCCGCAAUCAUUUCAUGCCCUACUUGGAUGAGGAUGUGGAUCAGCUCAAGGCUCUCUAUGAUAUCAACGUCUGGGGACCAUUGCGGGUAACGAAGGCCUUUUCGCCUUUGUUGAUUAAGGCAAAAGGCUCGAUUGCUUUCAUCACGUCUAUCUCUGGUUAUCUAAAUGUUCCAUUUAUGGAGCUGAUGGCUGAUACGCUCCGACUGGAGUUAAUCCCAUUCUAUGUUAAGGUUCUGUGUAUCACAACCGGUGCUGUUGCCACACAGGGUCAGACCUACUUUGGAGAUUUCAAGUUACCCAAGAACUCCCCGUAUAAGUCAAUUGAAGGGAUAAUUGCUUCUCUGGCACAAGGGCAAGACGGCACCGAGCGGAUGCCUUUACUGGACUACAGCAGCCAAGUCGUAGCCCAGAUUGAGCAGGGCGCUACAGGCCGUUUUUGGUGUGGAAACAACUCCGCUAGUACGAAGUUCUCCAUUGGUGGUUCUUCUAACGAAAUAAUGGUUUGUACAUUUCCCGUAAGUGGAGUAGAGAAGGAGGCUAAUGCAAGUUUUACGCAGGAUAAUAUCUUCGUCAAGAUUACUCAACUCGAUAAGUUGUAA